AUUCUGAGACGUUUACGUGUUUGGUUUUUCCAUAUACACGGUCUUGAGGUACAGAUUUGGGGUAUGGAUUUACCUGUUUCCAAAAUUUAUCGAAUGUUUCUGAUUGGCACCUUCCGGUUUCCAAUCAGUUGGGAGAAUCAUCAUGAACUGGUGCAUGCGUUAAGGGUUUUGCAAAAUCUUGGAAGAGGCUUAGAUGAUACUCUCAAAGUAUUUGAGGAAUUCAAAAGGUCACAUUGUCGAAAUACCCUUUUACACUUUCAAUUUCCAGCACUAAAAAGUUACAUAGGUGAUGCCAAGAGUUCACCACAAAAACCUACAGGAAAAAAAUCACGCAUCAUAAAUCCA